AUGCAAUCUCAGUCAUGGAUAAUCCUAUUGGCUGUAAUUUACAUAAUUUUAAUGCAAUUGUGCACAGCAGAAGGAUUAUCCUCCAAAGAAGAAGAUAAAAUGGCGAGUUUGCCAGGGCAACCACCAGUCAGUUUCCAGCAAUAUGCAGGGUACAUUACCAUUGAUCAAAAACAACAGAGAGCACUUUUCUAUUACUUUGUUGAAGCGGAAACAGAACCUGCUUCAAAGCCUCUUGUUCUGUGGUUAAAUGGAGGGCCUGGUUGUUCUUCUGUUGGAGCCGGAGCUUUCUCUGAGCAUGGCCCAUUCAGGCCAAGUGGUGGAGAGAAGCUGGUCAUAAAUGAAUAUAGUUGGAAUAAAGAAGCGAACAUGCUAUAUUUGGAAUCACCAGCAGGGGUUGGUUUCUCCUAUUCUGCUAAUACAUCUUUCUAUGUCUCUGUGAACGACACUAUAACAGCACAAGACAAUCUCAUAUUCCUGCAGCAGUGGUUUGUCAAAUUUCCUGAGUACAAGAGCAGAGAUUUCUUCAUAACUGGAGAGAGCUAUGCAGGUCACUAUGUCCCACAACUUGCGAAGCUCAUUGUUGAUUCAGGACUAAAUUUCAGAUUGAAGGGCAUAGCUAUAGGAAACCCUCUCUUGGAGUUUAAUACUGAUAUCAACUCAGAGGGUGACUACUACUGGUCUCACAGCUUGAUAUCAGAUGCUACUUAUGAACUUGUCAAUUCAGUUUGUAACAUUUCACAGCUCUGGAGAGAGAGCAUAAGAGGCUCCCUUUCAGCUGCUUGUAAAGCAGUAAACGCUCAACUUUCAUCAGAAAUUCCUUACGAAAUUGAUAAUUAUGAUGUCACUGCCGACGUCUGUGUUGAUUAUUUGCAAUCACAAUUCACUGUCCACAAUCAUCCAUUAAGGCCAAAGUUCCAAUUUUCUCUACAGGAAGGUUCUGAUCAGCCUGAAGCUGGAGAAAAUGUUGAUCUUUGUAUACAAGAAAAGAGUUAUCAUUACUUGAACAGGAAAGAUGUGCAAGAAGCUCUUCAUGCCCAGCUUGUUGGCAUCAGCAAUUGGAGCUUCUGCAGCCGAGUAAUGCACUAUGAAAGGCAAAACCUAGAGAUACCUACUAUUGAUGUUGUGGGCUCACUGGUUAGUUCAGGCAUUCGGGUUCUAGUAUAUAGCGGAGAUCAAGAUUCAGUUAUUCCAUUUCUUGGGACGCGGAUUUUGGUUAAUGGUUUGGCGAAGGAGCUGAAAUUGAACACAACUGCAACUUACAGACCUUGGUUUGAAGAUAAACAGGUUGGUGGAUGGACACAAGUAUACGGACAGAUCCUAACAUUUACAACUAUCAGAGACGGAUCUCACAUGGCACCCUUUUCCUCACCCAAGAGAUCACUAGCAUUAUUUAAAGCAUUUUUAGCAGGCAUUCCGCUUGCUAAUUAAGAACAUGGAUGAAAUUUUCCAGCAUUGAAUU